GGAACCUCCAGUACAAUGUUGGACAGAAAUGGUGAGAGUGGACGUUCUUCUCUUGUUCUUGAUCUCAGGGGGAAAGCACCCAGUCUUUCACCAUUAAAUGCAAUACUCACUGUAGCAAGGCUUAUUUUAGGAUUUUCUGGAAGGUUGGCUUGUUACAGCCUCACUACUAGUGUGUAUGAAUGGGACCCCAGUCUCCUUGCCAACACAAUGGCCCCGGGUUUAGAGGUGAGGACCCUAAGGCCAGGGAAGGGAAGUGUUGCAUGCCUCAUGACACAGCUGCUCAGCCGCCUUCCAUCCAGCUGUCCACAGUUACUGGGGAGUCAGCCUCCUGGACACUCAACCUUCCCUCCCCUAGUAGGGAUGCCUUGAGACCCACCAAGGGCAGCCACGGCUACAGAGGGAGGCCUGGGUUCUGUUCUUGGCUUGACCACUAAAUUGCUGUAUGAUCCUGGGCAUGUUGCUCCAUUCCCCCUUCCCUGAGCCUCAGUGUUUCCAUCUUUGCAGUGGGAGAGGUGGUCCACUCUAAAGUCCUCCAGCUCUGACCACUCACCCUUAAACCCUCAGCUGCUUCUGCCACUGCCCGGAACGACCACCAGAGGGCGCCCCAGACCAGCAUUUGGCCCAGCUCUGGUGCAGGGGGGCCCUAGGGAGGCUGAGAGGCAGGGCGUGUUUUCCAGGAGCCACUAGCUUUGCUUACACAGACUUCCUGGUGGCUAGACCUACUCAAGCCAUCUCCCCAUUCCUAUGAGCACUGAUCUCUGAGAAGGGAGGAUGGAGACAUCACCCCCAAGGCCAGUGACCUUGCACUCAUCCCUGUCUGUUUUGGGUUGGCUGCUUAAGGCCCAGGCGCCCCAGUGUCAGGGCCAACAGCUUUGAGUUUCUCAGCCUCAAAAGGUUUCCACUGUCACUAGGCCUCUUACGGCUGAGGCACCCUUCCCCCACCACGUUACCCGGCAGUACAAAGCCCCUAUCCUGGACAGUGCCUGGCUGCCUAGAAGGAACACGUCACAGCCCAUUUUGCAUAUGGAUGGAUUCACGAUGGGGGCCCUGGACGGCGUAGUCUUGGAAACCACAACAUCCAGGACCCCCAGAUACCUCACGUGACAGACCCCAGAACCACAGAAAUAGGCACCGCAGACCUCAGGGACCACCCGGCACUUCCCAGAGCAGAGUAUCUCACCUCCUUUCUGAAGGAUUCUCCUGGGAGCACCAGAGGGGCUCUAUCAGGCCCUCUGAGACUCCCCUAAUGCUGAUUUCACCCUCCAAACAGAAGCAGAACCUUUGCUUUGCAAAUCAAGCCCCAAGACAAAGCAGCAUCUCCCAGCCUGUUCCCCGGAGGGAUGCCGCAGCCCCCGCCCGCCCGGAUGCCUGCAACUUGCCUUGCAUUCCAUUACUUGUGUAUGUUUUUUCUCUCCCCUUCCAGACUGGGCCCCCUUGAAGGCAGAGUGACUCUCCCAUGCUCCUCACUUCCCUCUGUGGCAGCUGGUUCAGGACUGGGCAUCCAGUAGGAGCUCAACAGAUGUCACCACGGGAGUCCCUAUCCCAUCCUGUCCUCCCACUCAAGGACUGGGGCUGCCUCUGCCCCUUACUUAGCUGUGUGGCUUUGGGCCACUUGCUGAGCCUCUCUGAGCUUCCACUCUGUUUUCUUCUUUGCUGCUUUCCUUCCCUCAGAAGAUUGCCAGGGUCAGAGAGAGUGUGAGAGCCCUGGAGUGAAGGGUGACAUGCUCUCCCCAUGUCACGGGCGGUUGUCCUCAGAGCACAGGGCUGCACGCGGAGGUCACAUGGAAGAGAGGCAGGCGCCAGGCCACACCCUCCCGAGUGCCCCAGUUUUCAAAUAACAAUGGCAGACAUUUCCUGGGCCCGUUCCAUGGGCCAGACAUUGUGCUAAGUAUCUCACCCAGAUUCUCUCUCUUGAUCCCCUCUGUGGCCCUUCGAGUAGGCAGCGUGACCAUCCCCAGCUUUGCAGACAGGGAAACUGAGGCAGGCAGCAAUUAGCUGCGUUGCCUGAGGUCACACACGUGGCCAGUGCUGGGGCUGGGACUUGGACCCUGGUGUCUGGCCUCUGGAGCCCGUGCUCUUAGCUACCGUGCCUGCUCGCCGAAGCCGACACGGGGCAGGGAUGGACAGCCCUGGGGUCUUUCUGUCCACUCUAUAGGAAUCCUCAGGGGUCAGAGAUCAUUUGUUCUGACCUUCCUGUUUCAGGACUGGAGCACUGAGGCCAGAAAGGAGAGCCUCCCUCAGUCUCUCUCACACACCAGGGCAUCUGGGGGCAAAGCAGGACCCUGGCAGAAACUGGGUGACGCCUAAGCCCAUGAGUCUCAGAAUCUGUGAUUCUAAAAAUUAUCCUGGGACCUUGUUCCCAACAGCCAGCCUAUUGCGGUUGGACUCGUUUGCCCAACUUUGGGGUCUUGGCGGGGGGUGAUGGGGAGUACUCAAAGGCUCAGAAUGAUGCCCACCCACCAGCCAGACGCCGGGCACCAACAGGCUCCCUCUCCCCAAGGCCCAGCCCCUUAUCAGGAAAGGAUUUGGGUUGGUGGGGAGGGGGAAGUCCGAGGCCCCUGGCUCGGCAAGGUGGGUAGGAGAGAUAGGGGAGUGGGGAGGGGGCCACGGGGGUCCUGCUGGGAGGGCCAGAGGCCGGAAGGGAUGCCCAGAGCCAGCGUGGGGGCGUGGGGUUUGCCAAGCGCUGUCCUUGCUCCCGGCCCUGCGACAUGGUUCCAGGGCUGCUUCUGCCUUCCAUCCUUGCCGGCACAUUUAAUUAGCAAGCAGCAGCCUCUCCCUGAUUCAUCACAGUCACUGUUUAAUUAGCCGCACACAAGGCGCCCCUACCCCCCAGCUCUGGGUUGAGCAGCCUGCCUCUCUCACAGAGGCUGCCACCACCUCAUGGUGUCCCCUGUCACCCCCCCAUACUUAUUCUGCUCCCCAGAAUGGGGGAUGGGGCGGGCACGCCUGGCUGAAACCUCAAGGAGAUUCUGGGCACCGAGGCUUGUAUUGAAGGCAUCCAGCAAACAUUAUUAGGGCCUCGAGCCUGCGCCAGGCUGGCGCUGGGCGGAACCCAGGCUGGACGGGGGUGGCCGCCUCAGUCCUGUGCGCCUGCUGGGGCCGGCUUUUCCCUUUGGGAGGUGUUGCUCCCACCCCACAUCCGGAAAGGGACGGCCAUUUCUUCCUGUUCCUCCUUGUCCCAGAGCCCAGCAGGCUCCCCCGAGAAGGCUGCAUCUUCCGGGAUGGAGAGGGUCCAUCCUCCAACCCCACCUCCCCCAGGCGCAGAUCCCGGAGGCCCAGGCCACGGGCAAAGGGCAGUGGUGGGGGAGUCUCAGCUGCGCUCUGCGUCUGCAAGGGCCCUGGGGGUCGGAGGCCCACGAGUGAGCCCACAGGCUGUGGCUGAACCGGGCACUCUGUUUCCUUGAAGCAGGGCGGGGCUGGGAGCCCUGGGAGCGACACCCCACACCCUUCCUGCAGAGCGGGGGCAGCUGCCGCCUCGGGGCAGCCAGCUGGAGGCAGGAGGCUCAGGUUCCAGCCCAGCCCUGCGCUCUGGUCCAUCUGUGGCUUCAGGCAAAUCAGCCACACUGGGGCCUCAGCAUCCUGGCCGCACAAGGGUGCCUACCCCCAGCUCUGACGUGGACUAAGGACUUGGAAGGAUGGGCAUUUAUUCUGGUUCCUGAGGGAAGGGCCAGAGCCUGUCUGCCCUGGUGCUCACCAUCUGUGUGGUCACCAAACUGCACUGGCCUCAGUUUCCCCAGAAGUAGCCGCUACCUCAUGGGUUGUCGUGAGGAUUAAAUGAUUUACCAUGUUUAGUGCACGCAGAACAGAGGGAGUCCUCAGUCAUCAUUGGCCGUUUUUGCCAUUAUUUCCCUUCUUUUUAUCCAUCAAUAUUUAUUGCCAGGUAUGAGGGAGUUGGUGGUGAGUGAGUGAGGUGACCUCCCUGCUUUCAGUUUUCCUUCCAGUGGGGGAAGCAGCUGAAAACAAGUAAUAAAUAAAGGAAAAGUACAAUUUCACAUGAAUUAAGUCUGCAGUUUAGUUAAUGGUAAUAUAUCAGUGUUAAUUUCUUAGUUUUGACAGAUGUACCACUGUUAGGUAAUGGACUGAGGUUAGGAAAACUGAGUGAAGGAUAUACAGGAACCCUUUGUACUGUCUUUGCAACUUUUCUGUGAAUUUAAAAU